UUCAUUAAUAUUUUAUAAUGUCUGAGUAUCGAGAAGAAGGUGCCACGAAUAUGUCCAUGCAAACAAUUACACCCUCUUCGGCUGAUACUGACAACGUUAGUGCUACAAACUGUAUAGAAAAGUCUAACGAGAAAAUGGCUGAGUCAUCAAAGACGUUAAACCAGUUGGAAACUCAAGGAGAGGAAUAUGUUCAAACAAACAUUAUUAGCUACUGUGCUUUCGUUGUUUCAAAGCCAAAAUUAAGCUUUGUUAUAACACUUGGCCUUCACCUCCUAAUGAUUCUACUGACAGUCAUCUUACUUGUAUCUGGAUAUGACAUACUUCCAAUUGAUUUCGGUGGGAUACCACUGGACUUGCCCGAAGAUUCAACCAAGUUACGUACUGAUGCUUGGCAGUUUGCACUGGAAGAUGAUAGAAUAAGUCCGAUGAGUGGAGGUCAAUUACCACGAGGGGUACAAUACCAGGUCAUUCAGUUUAUUUAUGAAGGAGAUAAUGUCUUCACAAAAGAAAGUCUCAAGACAAUCAAGUAUAACGAAGAAAAACUAUUCAAUAAAAGUGACUAUCAAAAUAAGCUUUGCUUGUUGAUUCAAACCGGGCCAAGCAGUAACCGCACUUGUAAAGCACCAUUGUCGAUACUCAGAUUCUUUGACGGAACAUACAGUGGUAUAAGCUCUGUUUUCAAUGAUCCGCACUUUGACAACAUCACUGGGGUAUUGUAUGCCGCGAUAAAUACUAAUUUAAGUAAAUCUUUACUUAACUAUCAUUUAGGAAAGGACGCGAAGAUUACAAAAACCAAAGCAUAUUCGUCUCAUACAAGAAGUCUUAUGUAUAUUGGCUGGCCUCAUGUUGGAUACAAAAGUACUGAAGAACGAAAAGAUGACCAGUCUGAAAAAAUCAACGACAUUAUAACUGAUACAUAUGCUGAAACUUUGGAUGAAAUGUACAAAGAUGGAAUCGAUGAUUUAAAAUUUUACUACUCGAGUGGUGCAUUAUUAGUCGAUGCUAUAACAAAACAAGUUGUUUUAGAUUUGAUGCUGGCUGUCGCGAGUUUUUUAUUUAUAUUUCUUUUCAUGUGGCUUCAAACCGGAUCCUUGUGGAUCACAAGCUGGGCUAUUUUCAGCAUUUUAUCCAGCUUCAACAUAACCAAUUUGAUAUACAGGAUUGUCUUUGAUUACAGAUACAUUGGUAUCUUCCAUGUCCUAUCGAUCUUCAUAAUCUUAGGUAUUGGAGCUGAUGAUGUAUUUGUUUUCAUGGACACCUGGAAACAAUCUCAAGGAAACAAGUAUAAAAGUCUCGUUCAUCGUUUGUCAGAUGUUUACCGCCGUGCGUCAAAAGCUAUGUUCAUCACAUCAUUUACCACUAUAGUUGCCUUUCUUUCCAAUGUUUCAUCGCCGUUGUUAGCCAUAUCAUCAUUCGGCCUCUUUUCAGCUGUUUUAGUAACUGUGAAUUACCUUUCUGUCGUUCUUUUCUUCCCAACGGUCGUGAUUCUACAGCACUUCAGUCGUAAAGGUCGGUGUUGUUGUUUUCAACUAUGCUGUUGUAGUAGCUCGUCUAUGGAUAACGUUCCGACAGAAAGCAAGGAAAAUUUGGAAACGGAUCAUUCCUCAAAUGAAAAGAAGACGUUUUUGGAACACAUUAUUGAUUUCUUGGGAGGAUGGUUUUUCAGAAAUAUUAUCACGCAUAAAAUUGUGCGUUGGGUAAUUCUUUUCCUAUUUUUGGUAUUUAUCGGUGUUUCAAUUGGGUUUGCCACUCAACUCGAGCCAGCUAAAGAACAGACCAAGCUAUGGAGUGCCAAUACAAAUUGGGCAAAGGUUGACGACUUGAAUCAAAAUGCUUUUGUCAAAAGUCAAGAGGAUAACGUCGUUGUUGUGACUAUUAUUUGGGGAUUGAAGGAACAGGAUCGUGAUGAAUGCCAUCAUACUGAUUACAAGUGCAAAGGGAAAACUGUUUUGGAUAAUAGCUUUGAUAUGAACCCACCGCCUUGCCAGACUGCCAUGUUGGACUUCUGUCAAAAUCUCAAAAACUUACCUCCUGAGAAGAUAGAAAGUUUAAAGAUACGUCGAAGUGAAGUAACUGGUGAGAUUGAGACAAAAUGUUUUCUUGAAAGAAUGGACGAAUUUUUAAAAGAGGAAGGAAAAAAGGCUUUGUAUUAUCCCGAUAAUGGAUCAGAUUUCUCCUUUGUGAUCAAUGCUAACAAAAUGAAGAAGUUGAUGAAAUAUAACCCAAACCUUUAUAAUGUCUCCUCAUUACCAGACACCUACUACAGGUACUUUGAAGUGGGACUUGGUUUUUUUAUAACAAAUGGCGGCGACCGGCGAUAUGCCGAAACAUACGACUUUAAAAAAUAUGGGGAUUUAAUUGGUGGAGCUGCUGAUCCGACACUAUCGCAAAAUGCGACCAGAAGCCAAUAUUUACAAGGAAAUAAAUACGGUCAUCGAAUAGCCUACGCUGGCAUUGCAAUAAAUACGACCUUAAAUCCAAAUACACUUGGCUAUGAGGAAGGACUUCCAAUUUACAGAAAGUGGGAAAGUUUCGUGGUUGACCAGAUGAAAGAACUACCUUCCUCUUGCAACAAUGGAUUUCAAGCAACGGUAUCGGGAUACAAUAUAUGGCAUUGGUUAAAAGUCCAGGAGAUUCUUGUUAUCAACGCUAUGAAAGGAAUUAUAAUUGGACUGUGUUUGGCUUUAGUAAUUCUUGUUAUAGCCACCACAAACCUUGCAGUUGGUGUCUUGGCAACGCUUAUCAUCGCUUUAAUCACGUGCUCCGUACUUGGUGUUAUCAAUAUGAUCGGUUGGAAACUUGGACCACUGGAAUCACUUAACCUUACUCUUGUAGUCGGGCUUGCUGUUGACUAUGUUGUUCAUUUGGCAGAAGGAUACAUGGAACACAAGGAUGAAACAAGAGGAAAUAAAGUUCAGCAUACUUUAAGUCACGUUGGUAUAUCAGUCUUGUCCGGAGCUUGUACAACAUUGGGUGCUUCCAUAUUCUUGCUGGCUGCAAAGAUCCUAUUCUUCUUCCAGUUUGGAAUUUUCAUUUUCUGUACAAUCGGAUUCAGUAUUAUGUAUUCAAUAUUCUUCUUCCCGACUGUCCUAGCUUUAAUCGGGCCGGAGGGUGAGAAGGGUUCAAUUCUGCCCGCAGUCAGGUGGAUUCGUGAUGCAGUGCGCGGGAAGACGAAGCAAGACAAAGAUUGUGAACAUUGUAAAGGCAAAGGUUUUUGUAAAAAGGAAAUGAACGGCCUAGAUCCCACAAAUGCAAUCGCGAAUAGUUCGGUCUAAGACAAUGUAGUGAAGAUGAACUUGUAUUAUUUACGUUCAGUGACGUUGAAUGGUUUAGUUUAGUUUGGUGCAUAUCACUGCAAGCAUGCAGUCACUAUUAAAGUUGAUCCUGGUAUACCUAUUGUCCGUAUUGUGUAAAUAUUGUACAGGUCACAGGCUUUCAAAUGUUGAUAUGACUAUAUGUAACUUAUGUAAUAUCAUGCACGUAUAAUAAAAUAUAUUCCAGUAUUCACUUAUAGUUCAGGGGCCGGUUGUUCGAAAGGCGUUUAGCUUAAACGGU